AUGUCUGCUGAAGAUAGGACCCCAGUUGGGCAAUUGUCUCCAGCCGUUUCCGGAUCUCAAUCCGUAUUAUCGACUCCUUCAAACAAAGCUGAAAGAGAUGACAGCAAGCAAAUGAACGAUGUCAGCCCAUCCGAGGACAAUGUUGUCCUACCAAAGAAGCCAGCCUCUGCUUACGUUGGUGUUUCUAUUUUGUGUCUAAUGAUAGCAUUUGGUGGUUUCGUUUUUGGUUGGGAUACUGGUACCAUUUCUGGUUUUGUCAAUUUGGAUGAUUUCAUUCGUAGAUUUGGUUCCAUUGGCAGUGACGGGCGCCCAUACUUGUCCAGAGUUAGAAUGGGUUUAAUCGUGUCUAUUUUUAACAUUGGUUGUGCUAUCGGUGGUAUCAUCCUUUCCAAGAUUGGUGAUAUCUAUGGUCGUCGUAUCGGUUUAAUCGCUGUUACCUUAAUUUACGUUGUCGGUAUUGUCAUUCAAAUCGCUUCCAUCAACAAAUGGUACCAAUACUUUAUCGGUAGAAUUAUCUCUGGUCUAGGUGUCGGUGGUAUUGCUGUUUUGUCACCAAUGCUGAUUUCUGAGGUGUCUCCAAAGCAAAUUAGAGGUACUCUUGUCGCAUGUUAUCAGUUGAUGAUUACCUUGGGUAUCUUCUUGGGUUACUGUACCAACUACGGUACCAAAAACUAUGAUGAUUCCACUCAAUGGAGAGUUGGUCUUGGUCUAUGUUUCGCUUGGGCCAUCUUCAUGGUUAGUGGUAUGAUGUUCGUUCCAGAAUCUCCUCGUUAUUUAGUCGAAGUCGGUAGAAUUGAAGAAGCCAAGCGUUCAUUGUCCAGAUCUGAAAAACUCUCUGUCGAUGACCCAGCUGUCUUAGCUGAAUUGGAUCUAAUCACCGCAGGUGUUGAAGCUGAAAAAUUGGCUGGUAACGCAUCCUGGGGUGAAUUGUUCUCCACAAAGACUAAAGUUUUCCAACGUUUGACUAUGGGUGUUCUUCUACAAUCUUUGCAACAAUUGACAGGUGAUAACUAUUUCUUCUACUACGGUACCACGAUUUUCAGGUCUGUUGGUCUACAAGACUCUUUCCAAACAUCUAUUAUUAUUGGUGUUGUCAACUUUUUCUCCACUUUCAUUGGUAUUUACUGUAUCGAAAGAUUUGGUCGUCGUACUUCUUUACUAUGGGGUGCUGCUAGUAUGGUCUGUUGUUUCGUCGUUUUCGCGUCUGUCGGUGUGACUAGAUUAUGGCCAGAAGGUCCUUCCCAUCAAGAUAUCGCUUCUAAAGGUGCUGGUAACUGUAUGAUUGUUUUCACCAUGUUCUACAUCUUCUGUUUCGCUACUACAUGGGCCGGUGGUUGUUACGUUAUUACCUCUGAAACUUUCCCAUUGAGAGUUAAAUCUAAAGGUAUGGCUAUUGCAACUGGUGCUAACUGGAUGUGGGGUUUCUUAAUUAGUUUCUUCACUCCAUUUAUCACAGGUGCUAUCAACUUCUACUAUGGUUAUGUUUUCAUGGGAUGUUUGGUCUUUUCUUACUUCUAUGUCUUUUUCUUCGUUCCAGAAACUAAAGGUCUAACUUUGGAGGAAGUGAACGCUAUGUGGGUAGAAGGUGUUCUUCCAUGGAAAUCCGCUGCCUGGGUUCCACCAGACAGAAGAGGUGCCGACUAUGAUGUCGAUGCUAUGGCCCAUGAUGACAAGCCCGCUUACAAGAGAUUCUUCUCAAAAGGUUAG